AUGGCGCAACCACCGCCCCCGCAGCAACAGCAACAGCAACAGCAAUAUGCGAUGCCGUCUCCGCAGUAUUCACCGCCGCAUUCGGCAGCGGCGAUGUCCCCAGCGAACUCUCAGUUCCCUUUCCCCCCAGCUAAGAAACAACGAUUAUCUCCAAAUCCACCAUCCCAACCCAGCUCGCCCUACGUCCAGUCCCCCUAUGCUAUGAGCCCUGGAACAGCUGCACCGCAAUCUGCGAGUGCCUCUCCUCACUUUGCAAACGUUCAACUUCCACCGAAUGUCUACAAUACGCCAUACUCGAACGGCCAUACAACACCCAACAUCAACCUCCCCCAGGCCCAGCCCCAACCGAAUCACCAGAACCACCAGCAGCCAAAUCCACUCAAUCUACCCAACCAGAUUAAUACGCAGAAUAACUUUAACGACUACAAUAUGGCUCCACGGGGGCCUGGCUCUAUGGGCCCGCCCUCAAAGCCCGCCGAUAGAUCAAGAGAAGACGGCGUUGAUAUGAUGGAUGUAUUAGGAGGCACAGGAGUCGACAUACGAGAAGAAGAGCAAUACAUGUACCAGUCCUUCAAUUCUCAGCAAUCCGGCUCGCAGUCAGGCACUAUCUCGUCAAGCCAUAGUUUCACUCAGUUUCCUCCUGGAGACGAGAGGUCGUUCUAUGGGGCGGGUCCUGCAAAUGCAGCUCCUGAGCAGGUGAAUGGAAAGUCACAAGAGGAGUACGAAAAGAAAGCGGCAGAUAAAGCCUGGCAUGAUGCAGCUCGGAACAUAUCCGUUUCGAGACAGCGUGAACUCGGUGACCCGUUUUUGGACACGGCACGUACACAAUUGAAGGAGCAACGAAUCGCUCAGGACCAUGGACUUUUACUGCACUUAGGGCCUAAUGGGCUGAUGGGUCAGAUGGUCCUGCCUAAUCAGUUCUCGCAGUCUAAUGUAAACGUGCAAACGGCUGUAGGACCCAAUGGAGCUAUGACUGCCACUAGUGGUAACUUUCUCUCCCCGGAAUCCCUGCUCGUGGACCAGCUCUGUCUCCUCUCAAUUGCGACUAAGCAUCGCUUGAGAGGGUUUAUCGAGGAGGCUGCAAAAUUAGCCAAGGGACGACAGACUGGAUCUCAUGGGAUCGUUCCUGGCGAAUGGGCUGACGCCGCGGCUUCGGCUUCUAUGUCUACUGCUGUACCUGAAGGGGGCCCGCGCAGUGGAUGGGAGAGUGCAGUUAGCCCUCAGUCUAACCCACGAAAGCGCUCGCAUUCCGCUGCAAACAAGUUGCCAACUCCUGUUUCGGACGGCUCAAAGACACCAUCUGAAACCCCCAAAUUUACUAAUGAGGUUGUCAGUGCCCUCCGAGCAUCAGCACUGAAAGAGCGUGCAGACGAAGAAGAACGGCUCCGGAAGCGAGCGGCUCGAGCUGCUCGCGCUUCAGGGGAUGUCACUCGGUCAGGCUCUGUAAUUCCUGGAACGCCUGGUUCUAUUGCUCCCGAAGUUCCAGAGAAGGGAUCUUCGAAAAAAGAGACCAAAAAGAAGGCAGAUAGCAAAGCAAGCGAAGAAGCUAAUCACAAAGCUGCGAACGCAACUACUUCGCAGUUCUUGAGUGGGAGUCGAGGUUUGUUUGGAAAGAAGAAGCAAUAUAGUUGGAUGAGCAAUGCGGCAAGUGGUACCAGUACUCCUUCUCGUCUCAUGACUUCUGGGCUCCCUGGCACGCCUCCUGCUGCCCCUGCUCCCGAGAAGCUAACUGCAGAGGGCGUCAGACGUCUGGGAAUGUGGCGAGAAGACAAGGAAAAAGGCACUGGUAUCCAGCUCCGUGACUGGAUCUGCGUUCUCGAGGAUGAUGGUCAUGAGAAGAGGGCGUUGCAGAAGGCGUAUACUCUUUUAGAUGGCUCGGAGCCGAAGUGA